AUGCAGGCGAUAAAGGAAAAAGAAACCACUUCACCAAACGCCAAAGGAGAUAAGGACACUAAGACAGCACCAGACGAAUUCUAUUUUCAAUCACUUAUAACUGAUGUAUUUCAUGGCAAAGGAUUUCAGAAAAUAAAUGAACUAUUUCCUCUAAAAGUGACCUAUGUUCCUCAAAAAUGUGACAAAGUACUAUUGAAUCAUCUUGACAGGCUGAUAAAUAAGGAAUUGGAUAAGAAUGAAUUCCACAAUGUCUCACUGUUGCUGAAAUGCAUUAAACAGUUCUUCAAAGGUGAUCUUAAAGAAGAUGAACAUCUGUUAAUCCGUUAUGGACUUAUUUCAAAGAUGGUUUCCUGGUUUGAAAGAACAAUAGGAUUUCUGACCAUUAAAGAGCUGGCCUUAACUCCGUCCUUAAUUAAUGUGACAGAGGAUUUUUUUGACAUUGCAUUGGUCAUUUUGAAAUGCAGUAGUGAAGGAAAAAUCCAGCUGUUGGAUUCAUUCUUACUCAGCAUAGGACUUGCAGUAACAGAGAAGAAAAUCAAUUUUAUCAUUCGACAAGAGGCCUUGAGGACCCUAAACUCCAUUCUGGACACACUACCCCGUGAAGAAAGAAAGAAAUUAUCUUUGUCAGAAGAUAUACAUGUGCUUACUCAAGAUCUUGCAAGGACAAUUCUGGAAAUAGGGGACUAUGACCUCCAGGCUGCCAUUUCUGAAGCUCUGUGCAGGUUGAUGGCCAAGAAAUCCAGGAACAACCUUGCUCAUAAAUGGUUUGAAGAUAGCUUUAUUGCGCUAGCUUUCAAAGAGAUAAAGGACAGAGACUUUGAGACGGACAGCAGAAAGUUUCUUAAUCUUCUAAAUAACAGACUUGGUGAUGAAAGAGGAGUAUAUUCCUUUCCUUGCAUCGCUGCCUUUGCUGACAAGAAUGAGGUGAGGAAACCAACUGAUGAAAAGCUGGAGAAGUUUUGGAUUGAUUUUAAUAUUGGAAGCCAGAGUAUUACUUUUUACAUCGAUAAUGCGGAGGGACUUCUGUGGGAUUCAGUAAGACUUGAAAAGAAAGCAGUGAGAAGUUACGGUGUAAAAGAAUCCCAAGGGAAAAUAGUGUUUCAUGUGAAUCUGAAGAAUCUUCUCACAGUUGGCAAAAAGGAAGUAAAGAAAAUAGAAAUACACUUUGAUUCUCAAUUCAGUAUCUUAAAUUCUAGCAUUAAAGUUCUAGGAGAAGAUAAAUUGCUGAGCACCUCCACCAAGGGAAAGCAAGAGUCAUCGCCAGUCGUUUCCAAUAACUUUGAGAACCAAACAGUUGAGAUGUCCGAUUCCACAUUGCUGCAGUUGGAGGAAGAGCCUUCACAGAAUGAAAAAACGAGCUCGGUGUCGGACCUGUCGGCCUCGGAUAUUCGUGAUCCAUCUGAAACAGCAAAAAUGAACAGCACUGGUCCUUCAGCUGAAAUGCAUCAAAUGUCUAAAGUUGAAGAUACCGGAAUUGAUCAAGAAGUUUCCCCCAAACAGAACAACUCGGACUCCUCACGGUUUAAUGGCCAACCCAGUAAAACACCUGAGAUGAAGUCACUGGAGGUCUUGGUUGUAGAGGUUCAUUCCUCAGAGGAAGACGUUUCAGAGAAGAAGAGUCAAGCAACAAAUCCAAACAAGACAAUUUCUGAAACAAAAGAGGAUAUUUAUGACUUUGGACAUUCUUCUGAUUCUUUGUCUCAUCAGUUGGUCACUUCUGCAAAGCAAAAAUAUUUAAGCAAAAACAGCCUCCCAGUGAAAACAAGGGGUAAUAAACAAGACACAAAAUUGGAGACUUCGUCUGGCAGCCUUAGGAAACACCUAUUCUCUGAGAGUAAUUUUGAAACCAGCAAUGGCACCAGUGAAAUACCUUGGAUUAAUGAGCAGAAGGAAAAGAGUGCAAAAUCAUAUCCUAGCAAGAAAAAACCAAGAGUCAGAAGUAAAUUAAAAGUUCUGCCAUUGUCAUCAGCAAGUAGUGGCAGUGAUCAUCAAAAGACCAAAUCUAGGUUAAGAUCCAGCCAGAAGGAAGCGCCAAGAAAAAAACCUAACCCUGCAUCUGCUGUAGCAACAAUCGAAGGCCUGUCAGUCUUUUUAACUCCUGAAGAUUCCAAUCUAAAACCAUCACCAGUCCUUCCUGAUGAUUCCGAAGCUUCUGCUCUCUCCUCAUUAGGCGUUGCAUCUUACCCAGAGCUCUCUGAUUAUGAAGAGGAGAAAUUACAGUCUGUAGAUCACAAAUCAGAGAAAGAGUCCCCCUCCAAGCGGAAACUAAAGAAUUUGGGAUUUGUAGGUAAUGAUUUAAUAAAGCUGAAACAUUCAAAAUUAGAACCUUCCAGCAUAACAUCCCAUUUUCCUGCUACCAUCCAACAGAAAGAACUUUUUCCCUUGUUAAAGGAAGAAAAAGAACCUUUUGCAGAACAGGAAGGCGAUCCGGGGGACUUGUUGGUUCCAGAUGAAUCCACAAAGAGUUUAGCAGAAUCGCCUAUUAUUUCUACAUUUGAAACUUUCACUAGGGAACUGAAGAAAAAGUUUUGGUCUAGGUACAGGAAGGAGGAACUUUGUGCAAAAAAUGCUACGGCAGCAUCUGAAAAUAUAAUCAUGCUACUGAACCAAAUACACCAAUGCAGACUGGAUAAACUAGAACAGUUCCACAGGAUUGUUCUUCAAGAACUGGCUAAUCUUGAGAGAGAUGCUCAAACACUUACAGACCUUGAGGGGGAUAUAUUGGAGUUUUGGAAGAAGCAGUCUGAGGAACUGAACUCCUUCUGUGGUCUGCAAAAGCAGAGACUCCAAUCCAUGAGUUCUACAUUAGGACCCCCAAUUUCAGAUUCCGUGCAGGACACACAGGCUGAACUGCCAGAGGAAAAGAUGGGCGAAGACGAGGUGGUCAAGGCAGCUGCCGGUGAAAACAAAUAGUGUGUUUGCGAGAGUGUGAUUCCCCACUAUGGC